AUGUUGAUCUCCCUCAUAUUCAGCAUUUUUCUUAUUGCUCUAGACAUGACGAUUGUUGCUACGUCAAUCCCAGCCAUUACGAAUCAAUUCCAUGGACUUGGAGAUCAAGCUUGGUACAGCGCAAUUUAUUUGAUGACUUCUGGCGGCUUCCAGUCAACGUGGGGCAAAAUGUACCAAUACUUUCCUCUAAAGAUCAGCUUUCUGAGCGCAAUGGCCGUCUUCGAAAUAGGCAGUCUCAUUUGUGGUGUAGCUCCCUCGUCCACUUCCUUCAUCAUCGGACGCACAAUCGCAGGUAUUGGGGCUGCAGGUGUCAGCUCUGGAGCCUAUAUCAUUUGUGCCUACAUAUCUGAGCCCAAGAAGAGAGCGGUGCAUACAGGAAUUCUCGGUGCCAUCUUUGGUAUUGGUAGCAUCCUGGGUCCUCUACUGGGAGGCGUUUUUUCUGAAAAGUCUACUUGGCGAUGGUGUUUCUACAUCAAUCUUCCGAUUGGUGUGCUCCCAAUUGUAUCUACCAUCUUCUUCUUUAGUCCGCCAAAAGCUGCUAAGCCUCGCGAGGCACUGAUGAAGGAGAAACUGCUCCAGCUUGAUCCUCUCGGGACGGCCGUCUUGAUGGGAGCAAUCAUCACCUAUCUCAUGGCCGUCCAUUAUGGAGGCCAGAUAGACGCAUGGAACUCUGCUCGUGUAGUUGGACUUCUCGUGGCCUCCAUUGUCUUGUUCAUUAUCUUUGCGUUUAUUGAGCGCUGGCAAGAUGAAAGAGCCAUGAUCAUUCCCCGGCUGUUCGUGCAGCGAGAUAUCGGUGUUGCACUCUUCUAUACAGUUUUCCAAGGCGGCGCACUCUUUGCCAUGGUUUAUUAUCUUCCCUUGUAUUUCCAAGCUAUCCGCGGCACUGAUGCCGUCAUAUCUGCCGUCCACAACUUGCCAUUCAUCAUUGCCGCCAUGCUCUCAGCCCUUGGUUCCGGCAUCUUCAUCUCCAACACGGGUUUGGCCACGCCUGUCAUGGUUGGCGGGUCGGCAAUCGCAACGCUUGGAUGUGGCCUUUGUCACUUGCUUGAUCUUGAUACUCGAACUGCAGUCUGGAUUGGAAUUCAGAUUGUUGUCGGUCUCGGCCUUGGUUGCGCAUUCCAAGUGCCCAUCAUGGUCGGCCAAGUCAGCGUCUGUGUGCCAGAUAUACCUGCUGUGACAGCCAUGAUACUCUGUUUCCAGACAGUCGGCGGUGCCGUUUGGGUAUCGGCAUCGCAGUCAAUCUUCAUCAACAGGAUGCUCAUUGCCGUACCCCAGUUUGCACCAGGCGUAGAUCCCACAAAAGUUGUGAGCACCGGUGCAGGAGAGUUGCGUGAGGUAUUCGGAUCUGACAAGAUCUUUGGCGUUCUAACAGCGUAUCUCACCGGAAUCAGAGCAGCAUAUUUACUAUCUUGCGCGGUUGUGGGCACCUCCCUGCUAAUCGGAGUGUUUUUGCCAUGGAAAAGGCUUGACACGGAUGCUUUGAAGGAAGCUGGAGGGGCCACAGCAUAG